ACUCUCAAAUUAGACUGGCAAACCAACUGCAAUUCUGGGACUAUUUUCAUUUUCGUUCAGUAAGACAUUAAAUGGGUGGAAAAAUACGUGCGACCUCAAUGUAUGUUGUCUAGUUUCACAAGACUAUUCCAUAUAAGCCUGCAAAUAUGAAGUAUAAGAAUCUUAUGGCAAGAGCCUUGUAUGAUAAUGUCCCAGAGUGCGCAGAGGAGCUGGCCUUCCGCAAAGGAGACAUUUUGACAGUGAUAGAACAGAACACUGAAGGGCUGGAAGGAUGGUGGCUCUGCUCUUUACAUGGCCGACAAGGCAUUGUUCCAGGCAACCGGGUGAAACUUUUGAUAGGCCCAGUACAGGAUAGUCCGUCUAACCAGGACACGUCCAAUUCAAGAUCAAUGCAUCAUGCCUAUAACCAGCAGAAAGUCUACCAAAUGCCAAGCUCACAGGCUUCAACUUGGGACCCGGUAUACCAGGUGCCACCUUCCCAUCUGAAUCAGGGCAUCUACCAGGUACCUACCGGCCAUGGUCUACAGGAGCAAGAUGUUUACCAAGUCCCACCAUCUGUGCAGAGAAGCUUAGGUGGUACUGAUGGUUCACCUUUCAACAGCAAGGUAGUAACUCCAGUCAGAACAGGACAAGGUUAUGUUUAUGAGUUCCCUUCCAAAUACCAGAAAGAUAUCUACGAUACCCCUCCAGUUCGUCCUUCCCAAGGGAUAUAUGACGUUCCCCCUGCAUCAGUUAAGGGGCCUGUGCAUCCAGUCCCAAUGGGAGAGGCAAAAGCUCAAGGGGUGUAUGAUAUACCUCCUAUAAAAGGGAUCUAUGAUGUUCCUGCAUCUGCAUGCAGAGAGGAUACAAGCCUGAGGGAAAAUUUGCUGGAUUUCUCUUCUUCAGUGAACCAUAAUGCAAGACUAGAAGGAGUGUAUGACAUCCCUCCUCCCACUACCAAAGAACUUAGCAAGAAAUUUACCUCUGACGUCCCCCUACCUAAUGAUUUAUUGUCAUGCAAACAUAGCCUAUAUGACAUUCCAGUGAGCCAUCAAAAUCAAUUUCUUGGUCAGCAGAUUGCUCCUCAGAAGGAUGUAUACGAUACCCCUCGUGGAGUUCCAUUUCCUGGACAGCAGUCGGGAUUCAGCAAAAGUCUAAAUCCAGAGGGAAGGGAAGGUGUGUAUGAUGUGCCACCACAGACUACACAAGACACUAAAGGAUUGAAAGAUGUGACAGAUGGGAUAAAUAGAUUGUCUUUCUCCAGUACGGGCAGCACUAGGAGUAACAUGUCUACAUCUUCCACAACUUCAAAGGAGUCAUCUUUUUCAGCCUCGCCUUCUCAGGACAAACGAUUAAUACUAGAUCCAGACACAGCCAUAGAGAGACUUUAUUGGCUUCAGCAGACAGUGGAGACUGUGGUCUCUAAUCUUAUGGCCUUUGUUAACACAGACUGGCGGUCUUAUGGGUACAUGGAGAAAAAUAUCAAUGAAAUCCACACUGCCGUGGAGAAAGUAGAGCAGUCGUUGGUGGAGUAUCUUCAGUUUGCAAAAGGAGCAACAGCCAAUGCUUCCUGUCUCUCAGAAAUCAAUCUCCAUAACAAAAUGAGAAGGGAGCUGCAGAGACUGGAGGAUUCUCACCAGAUCUUAACCCAGACCAGCCAUGACCUGAAUAGCUACAGCUGGUCAUUGAACAUCUUGGCAGUCAACAAAUCCCAAAACAAAUGUGAUGAUCUAGACCGAUUUGUUAUGGUGGCAAGGACAGUCCCAGAUGAUGCCAAGCAAUUGACCACCACUAUCAGCAUCAAUGCAGAGAUGCUAUUCAAACAGGUAUCAGGCAGCUCACGUUUAAAGAAUGUUUCAGAGAACAUUAUGAACACAACUGACUAUGCAUACAACAGCCCCCAGAAUCAGUUGUUACACCACAGAGAGAAAACUCAGGACCACGGCAGUUCUUUUCCCCCAUUUCUGAGUAAAGACCAGCAUCCCCCUGGUAUCACUAAUGAGGGCUCUGAGAAGAGCUGGAUGGAUGAUUAUGAUUACGUUCACCUACAGGGAAAAGAGGAGUUUGAAAGACAACAGAAAGAGCUUCUAGAAAAAGAAAAUAUCAUCAAGCAGAACAAGAUGCAGCUGGAGCAUCAUCAGAUCAAUCAGUUCCAGCAACUGGAGCAAGAGAUCACAAAGCCUGUGGAGAAUGACAUUUCAAAAUGGAAGCCGCCUCAGAGUCUUCAAACUGCAAGCAGCACUGUGAGCUCUCAAGACCGAGAGCUGCUCUUCUUUUAUUCUGACCAGUGCGAGACUCAUUUUGUUUCUCUCCUAAAUGCCACUGAUGCCUUUUUUAACUGUGUCAGUGCUGCUCAGCCACCAAGGAUGUUCGUCGCUCACAGCAAGUUUGUCAUUUUAAGCGCUCACAAACUGGUGUUCAUCGGGGACACGCUCACAAGGCAAGUGACUACUCAGGAUAUCCGCAGCAAAGUGAUGGACUCCAGCAACCAGCUGUGUGAAUUGCUAAAGAACAUUGUUAUGGCAACCAAGAUGGCUGCUUUGUAUUAUCCCAACCCAGCUGCCCUGCAGGAGAUGGUCGACCGAGUAACAGAACUGUCUCAUCACGCACAGCUGUUUAAACGCUCUCUGGUACAGAUGGCAUCAUUCUGAAACAAACAAAAUGGAAUCCAAUCAAUGGACAGUAAAAAUUAUUUUAAAAAACUGGAAAUAUGUCCUAGUUUAUGUAAAUGUUAUCAAUUUUUGUAAAUAUUUUAUAUGAAAUAUUUUAAAUACAUUUUUAUGGAUUAGAAAAUCUAAAAUUCAGGGAUCUGGGGGUAUAUCUGUUUCCCUAUUAUGUUUUUAAUAUACAUAUAUAUAUGUAUACACUGCAUAUAUGUAUAUGUUGCUACAUUCCAUAAGACACCAUUAUGUAAGCACCUUAAAAGUAUGCAUCAGUUAAGUGGUGCAUAUCACUGUAUAUACUGCCUGGUUUUCAAUAUAUCCGUUAACUGGAUGCUGUCACAUGGACAAGGCUGGCAAAUCUAUUUGUAGCAAUUCAUGAUGUAGAUGUAAUAGUUCUAAUGGAACCCCAAUCCCUUCCCAGAACCUACUUGAUUUGAAUUAAUUUAGUAAAAAAUUAACUGUACCCUCAAUUUUAUUUUGCAUACAGGAGUCAUUUUGAGCAGUGUAUAUAUAUAUAAGUUACAUAACAGACAAUAAACCAAGGCUCAAACCAGCGGGGCAAAAAUCAUCCUCAUAUUGCAUGAUAGACAGAACCUCCUCACGAGGAGCAGGAAGGAUUGUAUAUAUUUAAAAAUAAUGUCUUAAUGCCACAAAAUAUUUAAAAAACCUGGAAGAAUUCCCAACAAUAUAAAUUCACAUAUGUUUAUCCCACCUUUCCUUGCAUUUGCAAAUAAUGAUAUCUGUCAGACUUUAAAGAUGUAUUUUUUUUUGCAGACCUAGGGACUUACUCAGAGUUGCUGAAUGUCCCUAAAUCUUGCUGACAUCAGUGGAUUCUGAAAGUACACAACAUCUCCCAAGAUCAGGCUUAAUGAAAAUGCAUGGCAUCAUAAUUCCCCAUGAAAAGGCUUAAUUUGCCAUCAAUUUUGGAACAUCUGAUUAAAACAUCUGUAAUUUUAGAGGAGAAAAUAGCACUUAUCUCUAUGACAAAUUCUUAUGAAUCAUUUGCACUUUUGCAGCUCUGAGCUUCACUCAGAUUUUGGACUUUUUCCAAAUUUUCUUUCCCGACCUACGAACACACCAUGGGUCUCCUGGGCUACAUAGUCACCAAAGCAACACCCUAUAUUUAAAGGGGUAAUUCCAUAUGUAGCAAACACAACAAUGACUUGACCACAGGUCACAUUACAUGACCACUCCUAAAUGUGGAGUAGUGGCAAUCAGGCUCCAGGGAAUGAGGUCCAGGUGAUGCUCAGUGGACUUCUGAUUUAAAACAAAAAUAUUGUUACCCAAGUUUCCUUGUGAUAAUUCAGGCUACAGUCCCAAGUCUUUAUGUAUUCUGAGUGUUUGCAUAAGAGACCAGCCUGGUGGUAAAUACAAAAUCACACCAUGUAGAAUACCUAGUCAGGAGGCACUUAAGUAAAGUCUUUCUUCACAAAAGGAUGUCUGGUAUUUUUAUUCCAGCCUAUGUCUAAACACGUUCUCCAGUGCAUGCCUCAUUGCAGUGCAUUUGUUUAUCUUGGAUAACAGAACUGCUUAACCAGCAAAUGAAGUUAUGCUUUCCUAAUACAUUGUCUCAGAGUGAUGACUGCUCAUCACUGAGAGUUACCAUAAUGUUGUUUCCAGAGGGCUCCCAUUAAAGCCAGUGGGAGUUCAGAGAGACUUCAGCAGCAACAGAAUCAUACCCAGCACUUGCAUCAGAUAUAAUAUUGAAAGCUCUUCUCCGUUUUACAAGAGGAGAGGAAUAAUUAUCCCAUUUAAACAAAAUAGGAUUGCCAAAAGAUACCAAAGAAUCCACUUGAACCUGUUUUGUAUUUGUGUUAUUUGGGAUUUUUCUAUUUUUUUCCAUUGUAAUAUUUUUAGAAAGUGACAAAGUGUUUUAAACUUUAGCCAUCAUGUCAAUCACUUUUGAGUUUUCAAAAGGGGGAUUCCUUUUAUGGCAAACUUAUAUUAUUGUUUACUUGUUACCUUGUACAGAGUAUUUUUAAAAUCAUUA